AUGCUCUACAAUUACAAGAGAAGCUUAGCGGUUGGUAUCUUGGCGAGUGUUGUUGCUGCCGAUUCAUGCGAUCCUCUGAAACAGACUAACUGUCCAGCCGACAAGGCUCUGGCUACCAGUUUCAGCGAGAACUUCACAUCUGAGUCCAAAUGGUUUACCGCAGAGGACAACCCCGGUAAGAUUGAGUACACAUCUGAUGGUUUGGCCAUGUCACUUACGAAGAGAUUCGAUAACCCAAGUCUGAAGUCUAAUUUCUAUAUAAUGUACGGUAAGACUGAGGUCAUAUUCAAAGCCGGUGACGGUAGAGGUAUAGUGUCCUCUUUCUUUUUACAAAGUGAUGAUUUAGAUGAAAUCGAUCUAGAGUGGAUAGGUAGUGAUGACACACAGUUUCAAUCCAAUUACUUCUCAAAGGGUAACACCGCUACAUACGAUAGAGGUGAAUUCCACGGUGUUAACCAACCACAAAAGGAGUUCCACAACUACACCAUUGACUGGACUAUGGAACAGCUAACUUGGUAUCUAGACGGCCAAGUCGUCAGAGUUCUGCCAAACACAACAAGCCAGGGUUAUCCACAAACUCCAAUGUACAUCAAGAUGGGUAUUUGGGCUGGUGGUGAUCCAAGCAAUGCUCCAGGUACAAUUGAAUGGGCUGGCGGUGAAACUGAUUAUAGCUUGGCUCCAUUCACUAUGUACAUCAAGAGCUUGGUUGUUACAGACUAUUCCACUGGUAAGGAAUACACCUAUGGGGACCAAUCUGGCUCUUGGCAAUCCAUCAAGGCUGUGGACGGUGAAAUAAAUGGAAGAUACCAACAAGCACAAGAGGACUUCGCUAAAUUAGUUGCUGGUCAAGCUAUUGAGAGUAGUCAAUCAUCCUCUGUUUCACCUACUUCGUCAUCAAGCUCUUCUGCCAGCUCAUCUACCAGCUCAUCUACCAGCUCAUCUACUAGCUCAUCUGCCAGUUCAUCCGCCAGUUCAUCUUCCAGCUCUUCCAUCAGUUCAUCUUCAUCAGCAUCUUCAAGUGCACAAAGUUCAUCAUCACCAAUUGCUAGUUCUGUCUCUUCUAUCAAGUCUGUGUCUUCCUCUGCAAUUUCAUCUUCCAAGAGCUCCCAAACAGCAGAAAGUAAAUCCUCCACAUCAUCUAGUGUGAAGCCCACUACACAAUCUUCCAAGACCGACACUAUAAUGGACAAUGUGACACAUAGCGCCUCAACAAGUAAUGUUGCCAAGUCAACUGUUUCUACAGUGGCUAAAUCAACUGAAAGCAGUACACAUUCAGUUCAACAAAGCAACUUUGGCGUUAACACACAAGUCUCAGUAGUAUCUGUCAUUCUAGGUUUCAUAUUCAGCAUCGUAAUUUAA